GACUAAAGUUCUCGACUAAUUACAUCGCAGUGUUUUGUGUUACGUCACGUUAAGACGCUGAACGUGUAAGGGGUUUGAAGGAGCUGGAGUUUGUCCACGCUAAAGGAGCUUUAUUAGUAGAGCUGGCUAGCUACAGUAGUUAAAUAAUAAUGUGCAACGAGUGCAUGCUAAUUUGGCUCAUUGAAAGCUCCUGAUAUUCUUGAACAGCGCCUCAACGCAUGACUGCUCAAACCAGACAUGGAUAAAUAUGAGAAGGUAAAGAAGAUCGGGGAGGGCUCUUUCGGGAAAGCCAUUCUGGUAAAGUCCAGGAAGGAUGGUCACCAGUACGUUAUCAAGGAGAUCGGCAUCUCCAGGAUGUCUAAUAGAGAGAGACAGGAGUCACGCAAAGAAGUGGCCGUGUUGGCUAACAUGAGUCAUCCCAAUAUUGUGCAGUACAAGGAGUCAUUUGAAGAGAACGGUUGUUUGUAUAUCAUGAUGGACUAUUGCGAGGGUGGUGACCUGUUUAAGAAGAUCAAUAACCAGAAAGGACUGCUUUUCCCUGAAGAACAGAUCCUUGAUUGGUUUGUGCAGAUAUGUCUGGCUCUCAAACAUGUACAUGAUCGUAAGAUCCUUCACAGGGAUAUCAAGUCACAGAAUAUUUUCCUGACCAAGGAUGGUACAGUACAGCUAGGAGACUUUGGCAUUGCCAGAGUUUUAAACAGUACUGUGGAGUUGGCCAGGACCUGUAUUGGCACACCUUACUAUCUUUCCCCUGAGAUUUGUGAAAAUAAACCAUACAACAAUAAAAGUGAUAUUUGGGCCUUGGGAUGUGUCCUGUAUGAAAUGUGCACACUUAAGCAUGCUUUUGAGGCUGGGAACAUGAAGAAUUUGGUGCUGAACAUCAUCCGAGGUUCAUAUCCCCCAGUCUCUGUGCAUUACUCUCAGGACCUGCGUGCUCUCUUGGGCCUGCUUUUCAAGCGCAACCCGCGGGAGAGACCCUCUGUUGGCGCAAUACUGGACAAGCCAUUUCUCGCCCGCAGAAUCCACAAGUUUCUCUCUCCACAGCUCAUUGCUCAGGAAUUCAGCCAAUCUCUUGUCAAACAAUCCAAAAUAAGUGUUGCCCAGGGAGUACCAGCCAAGCAUCCAGUCCCUGGUUCAGCAUCCAUUCCCCCUGCCCAGAAAAUCACCAAACCAGCUGCCAAAUAUGGAGUGCCUUUCACAGCAAAGAGACCUGCCAAUGCCAUCCGGAAACCAGCUGAUGGAGCCAAGAAACCAGUAGAGAGGAGGCCUGGGGUCAAACUCAAACAGGCUCCCCUUCCAGCAGCAGCUCAGAGGAGAAUGAAUCGAGUGGAGGAGGAGAGGAGAAAGCAUGAGGAAGGAGUGAGGAAAAAACGGAUAGAACUAAUGGAGAGAGAGAGGAAACAGCGAGAGCAGAUGUUUCUCCUGAAGGCUGCUCAAAUGAAAAGGUUUGAGCGGGAAAAGCUUAAUAGGCUCAACCGUGCACGAGAGCAAGGCUGGAGGAACGUUUUAAGCUCCAGUGGAGGCAGUAGCCCAGAGAGAAAGUUUUUUGUGGGUGGCGGUAUGAGAGUCCCUCCUACUCCAGUACCAGUUCCCUCUCCUGUUCCUGGACCUGCCUACGUCCCACCUUCAUUGCCAGGUCCUGUCCCAGGAUCCAGAGCUUCAGGGGAUGGCAUCCCAGCAAAGGCUGCACUAGACCCUGACAUGCCUAAUGGGCAUGCCUGCCUCUCAGAUCAUCACUCUGUCAAGAGUCAGGCACGGAGGACGAGUCUCCAAAACGACAGCGUAACUAAAAAUGACUAUGCCAACAGGCUGCGGGCUCAGGUAGCAGCAGAGAGGGCCAGACAAGUGGACGAGUUCUUGCAGCGCAAACAAGAAGCCCUGCUCAAUAAAGUCCGUGCUGAAGGCCAGCUGGGGGCCCGGCAAAACCUGGCCACCAUCUUUGCGAAUCGGACAAACUCUUCUCGAGGCAGGAGACCCAGGGUCAACAAAGAGGAGGAGGAGUACUUGGCACGGCUGAGGCAGAUCAGGUUGCAGAAUUUUAACGAGCGACAGCAGAUUAAAGCUCGUCUCAGAGGAGAGAAGUAUGACAGUGAGUGUUCAGACAGCCAAGAGUCUUGCGAGGAGUUGGAGCUAAGGAGGAAAAAGAUUGAAGCUCUGAAGGCGCAGUCGAAGGCCCGUGCGGCUGUCCUGAAAGAGCAGCUAGAGAAGAAACGGAGGGACGCUUAUGAGAGAGAAAAGAAAGCAUGGGAAGAGCAUCUUGACACUCGUGGAGUAAAGGUCGACAUCGGGCCACUGAAAGGAGCUGCACCUCCUCAGCCAGACGACACCCCUCAGGAUGCAAUCACUAAAGCUACACCCUCCUCAAGACCCACCACUCCAGCCAUCUCUAUGACUGCAGCAUUGAAGGAUGUGGGCGUGACUGCAUCUGCGCAGAAUUCCCCAAUGAUGGAAGAUCCAUCAAAACCCGAGACAUCAGAUGUUCAGAGUGAGAGGAAGGAGAUUCUGUGCAGACCAAGUCAAAAUUUAAAGGCUUACCCUUCUAAGGAAGAGGACGAGCAAGAGACAAUACCUGUCAGUGAACCAGGCCCUGCCCCUCAGCCCUGCCAGCCAGUCACAGAUGAGAGACCACAAACUGGGGGUGAUAGACGCAGAUGGGAGACUGGAGCGCCUCCUGUACUCUCAGUAGCACAGUACACUCUGGAGGACUCGUGUAGCACUAUGGCAGUGUCUCAGACAGCAUCUUCAGAGGUGAGUCCCGUUUGUGGUGCUGAUAGAAAGAAGUGGCAGCCUGGUGAUGAUCCGUUUGCUGUGGCUCAUCAGACUUUGGAGGACACUUCUAUAACUACAACAGAACAGACAGGAAGUGAGGUCAUUCUUAUGGAGGCCUGGCAAGGGGAGGGGCAAAGGAAAGUCUGGGGGCAGACCCCUGUUUCAGAAGUUUUGAAAAUUCUCAAAGAGGCUGAACUUCAGCCACUCACCCAGUGCCUGGAUAACAGCAGCAUCUAUGACCACAUGCACACUGAAAGCUUUAACUCUACAUCGGGGCGUUCAGAUGAUCCUAAUGGAGUUAUGUUGGGGCCUUACCCUCAGCCAAGCCAAGCCAUCAUUGACCAAGACCAGGAAGAGCAAGCCCCCAUCAGCCAUGUACAGGCUCAGGAACAACAAGCUGUCACUGGCCAGGACCAAGAUCAGCACACUGCUGCCAUUUGUCAGGACCAUGAGCAAGUAUCGGAGUAUCCAAAGACUCUGUCAGAUACAGUAGUGAUCCGCAGUCAUGAGGUAAAACCAGAGUCACCAGAGAAGAGUCUCCCUGAUGAAAAAAGGGAUGAGGAUGAAGUAGAGUGUUUGGUUCUGGAGGAGGAUCUUCCGCAAACAUCCAAACCUCCAGCUGAAGUGUUAAAUGCAUGGGGACAGAAGGCUCUUCAACCUAGGCCAGAAGAGGGUAGUGCAAUACAGGCAGAGGAGCAGAGUGAUAAAAAGACGCAAGGUGCAGAAGAUGAAAAGCAAGUGCCUAGUGAUGCUGCUUUUGUGAAGUUGAGCUGUAGUCCAGCGCACAGGCGUGCGGUGGCAUUAUCCACCAUCUCCGCCCAGUCCUCAGUGGAAGACACGUCAUCUUCAGUGGCCUCACGCUCACGUUCUGUGUCACCGCUACACCGCCAUGAUGAUGCUCUUUUGAUCGGCCUCUCCACCGGCCUUUUUGAUGCUAACAACCCUAAGAUGCUGAGGACAUGCUCUCUACCAGAUCUCACUAAAAUCUUCAGCAGCUCUACAGAAGCUGAUGGUGCCUCCGCCAUUGUCAACAAUCUGGAGAUCGAGGACCUGGAGGACAAAGAGGAUGAGCAGUCGGACACUGAUGCAUAUGAGGAUGAAGAUCUGAGAGAACUCCGAGCCUCUAUGGAGAGGCUGCUUCAACAGCAACGAAGUGAUGAAGAGGAUGGUAUGUCUGAAGGCAGCCCUCCUGAUGAAGACGAGCAUGCUCGAUUGAAUGGUCAGAGCAGUAGCAGUCCAGUGGAGGGUACUUUGAAGAGCUCAGCAGCUGUGGAGGAGGACAAUGACAAUCCUGACAACAGUCCUGAAGAAGAGGCCAGUAAUGGGCAUGACGUGGAGGAUGAUGAAGAGGAGAACAGUGAGGGGAAGCUCAAUGAGGAGUGGCAGUCAGAUGACAGUGAGGAAGAGGGGAUGAGUGAUUUGGAGCAGCAGGACAGUAUUUUCAGUCGUUUGGAAGAGCUGCGUUUUCAUUUGGAGCAGGCUAUGGGCUUUGAGCACUUAAUCCAAGCAUACAACAAGAUUAAGGCGAUCGUUGAAGAUGAAGACAAGUGCAUUGCUGUGGGCUCCAACAUGGUACAAAGCAUUCUGGGACCUGAGCACCAACACCUGUAUCCCAAAAUCCUCCACUUAGUGAUGGCAGAUGGUGCAUAUGAAGAAGAUAAUGAUGAAUGAGAUGGUGCUCGUCCUCAUGCUGCUGGCUGCUCAGGACAGUCUGCUAGCUCUGACGUCUUCCCGGUAAUGGUGUACAUGAAGUGGACACGGUGUGUGUGAUGGAAGGGACUCAGUCACUCAUGCAUGACCGGAGUUUUACUGCCAUGUCAACAUUAAAAUUGCCAGUGUAAAUAAAAUCUAAAUGAAUACUAUUUAACCAAAGCCUAACUCCAAGAGAGAAACAUUGUGUAUUUCAAACAGUCGACGGGUAACGUGAGAAUUUCUCAUCUCACAGUAUUUUACAAGCAGUCAAAGCCAUGGGUGGCCUGGGUCAUAGGUCAUGGAGUCAUUUUAUCCUUCCUGCAUCAGGUACUCUCGUACAAUCCAGUCUCAUGUUGUACACACAUACACACUACACGUCCUCUUUUUCUACUUUUUGCAGUAAGGAAAACCUUUUACAGAAUGCAUCCAUAAACUGUUCAUUUCUGUCCUUUCCAUGUUUCUUAACGUUGCACUUUAUUUACGGUUUAGAAAUCUGGUUCCGUUCACGUUUCACAUGACGAGUAGCUACUUGUAUUGACUAAUCAAUGUUAAGUGUUAAUAUUUGCGUGCAUUAUACAUGCCUUUUUAUGCUGUUGCACUUCUGUGAUGUAAACAGAUGAUGUCAUUGUAGGAAAUUAUUGUCUGGAAGUGGGCCAUAAAGUUGUACAGUAGAUUGUGUAAAGUCUAAAGGUGAGAGAGAGAGAGAGAGAGAGAGGAAAUGCAUUUUAUGUAAUACAAUUGUCUGACAGUGUUUCUUUGGAUUCAGAAAUAAAUUAUUAAUUUUGAAGCA